AUGGUUGACUCGGUCGUCUCAUUCGUGUUGAAAGUUACUGAAGAUUGGGGCAGAAAAUUAGUAACACAAAAGCUCAGGAGUGGUGGUGCAUUCGCUCAUUCGCUAAGUAACCUCAUAGAAGCGGAGUUGUCUACCAUGAGAAGGCAACUAGAAGCACUGACAAGAAAAGAUCUUGAUGAAAGUAUCGACCUGGGGAUGGGGAGCAAGGGUGGCGCAGUGGUGAGAGCGCUCGCCUCCCACCUUACACCGGGCCCAAGCUUAGGACCGCAGCUGCGGUAUACACCCAACUCAAACAACAACCAAGAGAGGAAACGAGGCUCUCCAAAAAGAGGCCCAUGAGGCCAAAAGGGGAGAGGAAUAAAACCAACACUUUCAAAUUCCAAUUCGAUCUGGAACGCACGGACACGUUUCAACGAGUUCUUAUGAGCUCCUUAGUGAUCCGUGGGUAAACAAAUUACAAUUUACAAUUUACAAUUUACCUUUUCCUUGAGGGACUUGCAUCAUAUUAUCUGCAGGCUAACGACAAUAAAGCAGAUACAGGCCCACAAAGCCCACAGAGAAAGAAAAUGAAGAUCAUUUCUGACGUCAAACUUGAUGAAAUUGAUGCAAGUGAAAUCUUGGAUGCAAGAAAAAGUUUGAGCGUCGAAACAAAAGAGAGGUUCAAAGAUGCCCGUAAGAAAGCAGGAUCAGCCAUUGCUAAUGAAGCAAUGAAGACAAAAGACGUAAUUUUAGCCACUUUUAUAAAGGUUUUGUCGCAAUUACUAGAAAGCGACGAUUUAGCCACCGCACUUAACUUUUGUUUACAUUACUUACAACGACUUCAUUCUCGCGAAGAAAUUAAAAAGAACUUUAAAGAUGAAUUAAGAUUUAUUGAAAAAAGGAAUACAUGGCAGCUUGCAUUUGGCAGCAUUGAAGCUAGAAAAAUGAUUUGGUGCGUCUGUCGCUUGAAUCGCUUUGUUUUCCAUGUGGCACGGGAGAACGCGAAGCAUCUCCGGAGCUCUUUAAACAAUGGCCGUGUGUUGAAAUCGAGCGCAAAAGUACAAAAGAAGUUAUAA